AUGGUUUGCAAGUCAAAAUGCUCAACAAAAGUUUCAACUAAAAAAAACGAUAUUAAAAGAUGUUCUUCUGGUGUAAAGAGUUGUUUAACUACAAAAAAAGCAACUCAGAAACCUGCAGGAAAAUCAAAGAUGAUUGGUUCUGGAAUGAAAAGGGUAAUCAAAAAAGAGAUAUCAAAGAAUGCAAAAUCAGAAAAGCUUUCAAGAAACACUAAAGUAAAUAAAAACAUAUCAAAAGCAUCCAAGAUUAAUACAAAAAAUUCGGUGAUAAAAAGAGAAAUCAAAGCCGCACCAACAAAAAAUACUAAAACAAAAAAAAAUACAGUUCUAACUAAAACAAAAGUGAGCUUGGCCCCUUCUCCAGUUAAAUUAGUAAAAAAAAUUGAAAAAACAACUAAACCAGUUUCAAGAACUAUUAAAUCAAAAAAAACACCAGUUAGAAAAUUAUCCGGUAAAACUGACUUGAAAAGUACUUUAAAGACUGAAAAAACAUCCUCAAAGCUAACUAAGAAGUGUUCAAAUACAACGAUGGGUGCAUGCAAGUCCUCUAAAAGAAGCGGUUCAACUGAAUCUAGAUGCAAGAAGACUUCCCUUGUUACAAAGUCAAGAUAA